AGUUUGAAGCUGAAGAGAGACGGACGCUAGCCCUUGGUUUAUCAUACCGGCCAGUGUGUGCGUUUCAUAUUUUGUUCGACACCAAGAAGUCAAGCAUUUCUCAUGUCGCGUGUGUUCGCCUCGGCGCUUCGGCGUAGCAUCUCGUGUGCUGUUGCCAGCACGCCUCGCAGCACCGGCUUCCAGACCCAACGCUUACUACACGUUGCACCAAGGCUUCUAGCGCCUGAGGUAUUAAAACCGGCUCCGCCGUUCAAGGGUACGGCGGUGGUCGGCAACGAAUUCAAAGAGCUGUCUCUCGCCGACUUCAAUGGGAAGUACCUUGUCCUCUUUUUCUAUCCGCUCGACUUCACUUUCGUGUGCCCGACAGAGAUCAUAGCCUUCAGCGACCGCGCCGACGAGUUCAGGAAGCUCAACACCGAGGUUGUUGCUGUUUCGAUCGACUCUCACUUCUCCCACUUGGCUUGGGCCAACACUCCACGGAAGAAUGGCGGAUUGGGCGGCGUGAACAUCCCCAUGCUAUCAGACCUGAACAAGACCAUUUCUCGCGACUACGGAGUUUUGUUGGAGGGCCCCGGCGUGGCGCUUCGCGGGCUGUUCAUCAUUGACCCGAAGGGCAUCGUGCGACAGAUAACCAUCAACGACCUUCCUGUGGGACGCUCGGUGGACGAGACGCUGAGGCUGGUUAAGGCAUUCCAGUUUGUCGAGAAGCACGGCGAAGUCUGUCCUGCAGGUUGGCAGCCUGACUCGCCUACCAUCAAGCCUGACCCCAAGAAUUCGCAGGAGUACUUCAACAAAGUUAACUAGGGAAUUCUAAAAACGUUUACUGGAACUAAGUGAGCUGCGUUUGCAAACUGUAGUAGCUAUUGCUGGCCUACAUUCAUUCUCUUAUUUGGAUUGGCCUCCUGUUACAACCAUAUUUUCUCUAAUAAACCGGUGAUACGGCA